AUGAAAGAGGUGCUUCUUGACUUAGCAAAAUGUCCGUCUGGAAAACUAAAAUUAUUACUGCAGGAGGCAGAAACUUUGAAGCCAAUACCAGGUUUUAUGAUUGAAGAGACAAUGACAAACUCACUUCGGUUCUUGAUAGAAUCGACUGCACAAUAUGCUCUGUCUCAAAUUUCAGCAACUGUUGAGAAUCUGCACCAGAGUGCACUUACAACUUCAUUGCAACCUUUGGUUCUUGACCCGCAUAACAAUGAACUUCAUCGGUGCAAGAUUGCCUCUCUAAUAUAUAUGUUUUCCUUGGACAGUGGUAUGGGUGUGGACUGUGGACAUCAUAGCCAUGCUUUUCUAUUGAAGUUACCAUUUUGGAACCCAAAUGUGCAGUUUUACCACCGCAAGGAGCCCGUUAUGCUCAAUCAUGCUCAAUAUUACAAUGUUGGGGGGACCUUGGCUUUGCCAGUGUUUGAAGCCUCUCGACAGUCCUGUGUUGGUGUACUUGAGCUUAUAAUGACUUCGCAAAAGAUCAGCUACACCCCUGAGCAUGUCAGAGCUACCAAAUCGUCUACAAAUGAGAAACUUGAUUUGAGGCUCGACUGUUUUCAGAUAUUACAAACUGCCAGGUCUCCACUGCAGCCUCAAGCCCGACAAAAUGGUGGUCCUAUAGAGAAUGGAAGUAAUGUUAUUAGUGCAUGUCAAAGCCACAAUGCUGUUGUGUUGUCAGAGAUAGAAGAUACCGGAGAAUCAUCGAAGAUAAAAUCUGGAAAAAAAGAGGAAUCAAUUGGCCUGGAGAUUCUUCAUCAGCAUUUCCAUCUGACUCUUCUAGAUGCUGCAAGCAAGCUAAAUGUUAGCCGAUCUACUCUAAAGCGCAUCUGUAGGAAGCUGGGGAUCUCGGAGUGGCCAUCUCGCAAGAGAAACAAGCUCAAGCCAGUAGAUGAAUCUGUACCAAGUGCAGGAGCAAACGAUCCUAAUCUUUAUACGAGUCCAAGUCUACUUUCCACUGUUGUUGUACUUGAUCAACCAAAGCCUCCAGGCUCUGAACUUCAAAGAGAAAAGGGCAAAUCACUCUGUUAUAGAACGGAAGUGGGUUUUGGACAGGUUGAGAGGCUGCUAGAUUAUAUGCCUGGGGGUUAUCACAAUGAACUCCGUGUGCAAACUGGUAUUUUGCAAGAGUUUGGUAGAAUGACUCCAAAGGAGAAUUUAUUCGUUGGUGUUACUAAUGAACAAUGCUCAAAAGUUGGGGGCUCCUCUGAAUUGGUGUUUCAACCAACUAGACCAAAUCCCUCAAUUGCUCAUUGCAACCCUGAUGCCAUUCUUUCCACACUGUCUCAAACCCCCUCAAGAGAUCUGCUGCUAAUUAGAAGUUCGGAAGGCUUUUCAGAGAAUGCAGUGUUGGCAUCUAGACAGAGAACUGGCCCAGCUCCCAAGCGAAUCAAGACUAAUCUGGCUCGAGCGGUGCCAAAUUUUACUGCAAGGCAAGAAGCAACAUAUGGAGAAGACAUGAUACGAUUUCGAUUUCCGUCAACCUCCGGAAUCAUUGAGCUGAAGAAUGAGCUAACAAAGAGGCUGCCGUUAAAGGUUGGUACUUUUAACAUAAAGUAUGAGGAUGACAAUCAGGAGUCGAUCUUAAUGGCCUGUGAUGCAGACUUGCAGGAGUGCAUGGAUAUUUGGACUUCACCUGACAACAACGAAGUCAGAUUAUUUAUUCAUGGCUGUGAAAGCAAGGGUAUUGAUUGGAAUUUGGAACCAGUAAAUGCAGCAAAGGAAUAG